AUUUGAUCUCUUUUUUCCAAUAUAUAUUUUUUUUUUUUAUGACAAACACUACCAUUCCAUAUUAUACUGAUCCUCCAACGUAUGAAUACUUUUUACGGCAUCAUCUCAUUCCUAAUGUACCUGCAAUAUUUGGACCUCGACUUAUAGAUCAUUGGGAGGCCCGACAAACUUGGAUCAAACCAAUUAGCAACUAUACCACCCAUGAUCCCAAUAUACCUCAACCUCAAUCACAACCCAAUUAUGACUAUCUUCGUGAAAAAUUUGGAAAGGCACUUGUACAAGUAGCUGAUUGUGACCAAAGAGACUUUACGGAUCAAAAACGUACGGAAUUGACCUUUGAUGCUUUUGUGGAUCUAUGGCAAAAUACUACGAUUGAUCAACAUUCUCAUUAUUAUUUAAAGGAUUGGCACUUUGCUCAAGCUUUCCCCGAUCAAACUAUGUAUAAAGUACCUGAUAUAUUUGCAGAUGAUUGGAUGAACGAAUAUUGGCAAAAGGAAACAGAGGAUGAUUAUAGAUUUUCUUAUAUGGGUGGUGAUGGUAGUUUUACUCCUUUCCAUGCUGAUGUAUAUAGGUCUUAUUCUUGGUCAAGUAAUAUCUGUGGGAUCAAAAAAUGGACUCUUUUUCCUCCAGGCCAAGAAGAACUAUACAAGGACAAAUUAGGAAAUAUGGUAUAUGAUAUACGACAUGUAUCUCCAGAAACUUUUCCCAAUUUCUCAAAAGCAGAACGUAUGGUGAUUUAUCAAAAAGAUGGUGAAACAAUAUUUGUACCAAGUGGAUGGUAUCAUCAGGUUGAAAAUAUUGGAGGAACAAUAUCCAUCAAUCACAAUUGGUUUAAUGCAUGUAAUAUAGAACAAUGUUAUCAAUCCAUGGUGAAGGAUUUACAAGACGUGGAACGAUCUAUUGAUAAUCUCAAGACUGAUAUGGAUCCAAUGGAAUUUAUAACUACUUGUCAACAAUUAUUAUUGGUUCAUAGUGGAUGGAAUUGGAAAAUUCUGGAUCGGUUACUUAAAUGUAUCUCCCAACGCUUGAUUGUAGAAAAACAAGAGUUACAAUAUCAACCUUCUAUUGAUUGGCAAUUAGAAAAAAUAGAUAGAAUUAGACAACAAUUAGUAUUAGAACCCUUCUUCUCUCAAUAUAUAUCUUUAUCUUAGUUUUAUCUAAAAAUGAUACCAUAUUAAAAUAAAUUAGAAGCUUAUUUGAAUCCGA